AAUAUAUAUUCAUUCGUGCACAUGACUCUUCAUCUUUAUCAAGCAUCAUGAAUCAUGCAAUGAAGUGGCAUCACAUCAUGGGAGAUGAAAAAUUGAGAAUGAAAAGCAAUCACAAAAAGAAGAACGAAAAUCUCAUCAGCCGCAACGUAAGUGAGGGCGGUAGUCGCGGUGGUGGCGGGAAUGAGAUUGCCGGACUUGUAUUGGCAGUGGCUGGUUUUAUAGCUGUUGUUUCUUUGUCCUUAAUCAACAAAAACAGGAAAAAGGGUUUUGAGUCAAAUCCUAAACCUAAACCUCUUAAGAACCAAGAAGAUCAAGAAAUUGAAACCAAUCAAGGUCUUCAUAUUCUUCUUCAACCUUCAAGUUCAACAACCAAAAUCAAAGACACUGCACCAUGUCAUGGGACAAUCGAUACAGAAAGCAUCAACCAUACUUUUAUUCAGGAGGAGAAAAUUGACACUGUCGCUAACAUAAACGACGUCAGUGAAGUGGUUUUCGCGACCUCUUUUCAGGAGGAAAUUGUGUUAUCCAAUGAUUCCAACUCAGAAAGUGGUGUCUCAUCACAUGAUAGUAGAAUUGAUGAAGACUGUUUGGCUUCCUUAGAAGUAGAAAAGGCUGAUGAUGGCGUUGUUUCGGAGAUUGUUGAAGAAAAAGAUUGUUCAUCGAAAGCAAUACUAAUAAAUUCCAAGGACAAACAAGAUUUUAAUUCUAAGGAUGAGGGAGGGACAAUUGAAAUGCAGAAUGAAGAACAUGAAGAAGCCAAUACAGACAUGGAGGUGAAUGAUGAAGAUCAAGCAAUAUUGGUAUCAAACUCAUUUCAAUUGACAACUUUGCUUAUGUUGUUGCCAGGGUUGAUCUUGCUUCUAGUCAUACUUUUGCUUAUGCUUCUUACACAGAAAUUUUCUUUUCUGCAAUAGUACUAGAAUAUUGAUAUGAAUUUCAAAUCAACUUGUCACACUUUGUUGAAUUAGUGAGGGCUAUGGAGCCAGAAAAUUUGUAGUAUCAUUUAUAAAUUUGUAUGAUUCUAUGAUACUACACAUUAAAGAUAUACUUACCCUUCAAAUCACAAUAAGUUUAUAGCAU